AUAAGUUUAUUUCUCACUCACAAUAACAGUAAAACUUAACAUAGUACUACUCACAGUGAACAUGUUUCUAUUGUGAGAGAGACUGGUGUCCAUACUAGACGAAAUGCCUGUGUUACGGAUCACCAGGCUCUCUUCCUCCCUAUUUUCAUAGUAUGGCAAGGCAUUGUUAUAGAAAUAGACUCUUUAAAAUUACAGUAUAGAUAUCCUAUCCUUGCUGCAGUCCAUCUCUCGUGUUGAGUUUCUACACGUAUUGUUACUUGAAUCGCAGUUUCUGUUCAGCGGCUUGUUAGCUGAAGCCGCAUUCGAAAAGAUUAACGAGUCUUUACAAAAUGUCGGCGACAUCAUGGAUGAAAAACGACCUCAAGAGUUAAGCAGGAUAUCGGAUAUCGUCACCGAUAUCGCUUCCUCGUACGAAGGAGCGUGUGACGUGCUGAAGAAAAUUAGCGAUAGUUUUGGCCUUCUGGUGAUUUUGAUGUUGGGGGCUAUAUUUAUAGAUCUGGUGAUAGCUCCGUACUUUCUAUUCUCUGUAGUGCAAAACCCCUAUAUCAACAAAUUACCCAUCGUCAUGUUCACAAGUAACAUUUUAUGGAACUUUGCCAAUCUGAUACUGUUUAUGGAACCGGGAAACGGAACAGAGGUGCAAAUGAACCAGACGAAGAUAAUCCUGAGCCACCUGUUGCGCCGCGUGGACCCCAGCGACCCUCUGGCCCUCCACCUGCACUUCUUCUUCAAACAGCUCAGGCUAAACAACUCUUCCUUCACUGCCGUCGGCCUUUGCACGCUCACCAGACCCGUCAUACUCUCGAUCCUCGGCGGAGUGACCACUUAUCUCGUUAUUCUUCUACAAUUCGCUUCGUUAGAUAAAGACACAUUUUAAAUCCACGUUUAUGUUUUAAUUUAAAGUACUUAUUAUAAUAAUAUACACUUGUAUGUAC